AUGAUUGGCUUCGAUGCGAAGGUUCCAACAAUGGACGGACUAGGAGAAUCCAUUCUUACAGUUGCUAUCGAACCACACUCUUUGAAAGCUCUUCUCGGUCACUACGAUGCCUCAGUUUUCUUGCUGCUACACGCUGCAGGAUUCACCGUAGCGUUCGUAUCCAAACAUGCGCCUAUCGACCGAGUCAAGGCGCUCCUAGCUGGACGCGUACAGGGGAUCAGUUGGCGAUCCAUCGCUGUGCUCAUUCACCAAUGCGCUCAAACUGACGGACAUUGUUCCAUCAGUCGCUUUCGGAGUGGGCUCGAGAAAUGGCUCUUUGACGUAUGCGCAGCUAUGAACAUUCCUGCGCCCAGAAUCCAAGUCACCAUGCAGAGUGAUCUGGAGCAGCUGGAGGCUUGUUUGCGCGCGGGAGGUGUUGAAAAACUAGAGGACAUACAGUACAGCAGCGGGCUUCUAAAUUGGAUGACGAGCAUCAUCGGAGUGAGAUGA